UUUUUUUUCCUGUCAAUCAAUUCUAUGGAAAUCAAAUCUACCAUGAGAGAGACAGUGGCUUGGAGGUACAUUAACAGAGAUGUUGUGCCAUUUGCUGCCAUGAUAGCAGUGGAGUGCGUCACCGUUGGAUCGACCACACUGUACAAAGCUGCGGCUUCGAGAGGAUUGAGUUUCUAUGUCUUCGUGUUCUACUCUUACGUUGUUUCGACGCUUGUCCUUCUUCCUCUUUCCCUCAUCUUCGGAAGGUCAACAAGGUUACCUUCAGCCAAAUCUCCCGUCUUCUUUAAGAUUUUCUUGCUUGCGGUUCUCGGUUUCAUGUCGAUGAUAGCUGGCUGUAAAGGAGUAGAGUAUAGUUCUCCUACUCUUGCCUCUGCUAUCAGCACCCUCACGCCAGCCUUUACAUUCACCCUCGCCAUUGUUUUCAGGAUGGAACGAGUAAGGUUAACGAGCUCUGCGAGUCAGGCUAAAAUCAUUGGCACGGUGGUCUCUAUGUCUGGUGCACUGGUUGUUGUUCUUUAUAAAGGACCUAAACUUCUAGCUCCCUCGCAUUACCACAAUUUGACUUUAUCUCAGUCAAGCUGGAUACUUGGAGGCAUAUUACUCGCUGCACAGUAUUUGCUUAUUUCAGUUUGGUUGAUUAUUCAGACUAGGAUCAUGGAGGUGUACUCUCAAGAGAUAACAGUAGUCUUCCUGUACAGCUUAUGCGGAACAUUAAUCUCAGCACCUGUGUGCAUGUUUGCUGAAAAGGACUUGACUUCCUUUCUGCUUAAACCUGAUGUCUCCCUUGUUUCAAUUAUGUACACGGGUGCCUUGGUUUCAUCAUUGGGCACAGUUAUACACACGUGGGGUCUGCAUUUGAAGGGUCCAGUCUACAUAUCCUUGUUCAAGCCCUUGUCUAUUGUCAUUGCGGUUGGAAUGUCUGCUAUAUUCCUUGGUGAUUCACUUCACCUUGGAAGUGUCAUCGGAUCAGUGGUUUUGAGCUUGGGAUUCUACACGGUGGUUUGGGGCAAAGCAAGAGAGGAUGCAUCCAAACCUGUGACUGGUUCUGAAAUUAAUUCACCUUUGCUUCUUGCACACACCGUAGAAUAUGAAGAAGCCUAAUUAUCAUUAAGGAUGUGACUGAUGCAAAUGGAAUCCUUUUAUGUAAAGAUGUGACUUUAGCAAAAAUGGCCUUCAAUGCAAUCAUAUACUGUGAUUUUAACCUGCUUCAGAGUUCAGAUAAUGACCUUGUCUUAGCUCAGAUGUUAUUAACUGUGGUUUUUUAACUCAACAUGAGCAAGAAAAGUAAAUGGUGAAUGAUAA